AUGGAGCCGAAGGCGCCGGCCCUGGCCAACGCGACGAACGCGUCGCCCGCGGCGGCGCCCGCGGCGCAGAAGGCGCCGCCCGCGUCGCCCGCGGCGCCGGAGCCGGCGCCCGCGCCGGCGGUCGACGCCGGCGCGCCGGAGGAGGCGCCGCUCUUCGCGGUCAAGGAGCUCGUCGAGGUGUCGCGGCGCAAGUUCCCCGGGUUCAACUUCGAGGGCGGGACGGCGAAGAUCACCAAGGUCCACGACGAGCGGUCCGCGGACCUCGGCCCCAUGAAGGACGGCAGCGCGCGUCGGACGACGGGCUUCACGUACGGCGUCAAGUACGUCAUGGGCGGCUCCGAGAAGCGCGUCGACGCGCAGCACAUCGCGAGCAAGCGCGAGGUGAGCCGCGAGGCGGCGAGCGCGGCGCGCCAGGAGGAGGUCGCGGCGCAGCGGGCCGAGCGCGAGCGCGCCGAGGCCGCGGCGCGCGCCGAGGAGGCCGCGCGCGUCGAGCGGAAGCGCGCCGCGCGCGCCAAGGUCGCCGCGCUCCGCGAGGCGAAGAAGCGC